AUGGAUCCAAACUUGAAAUCUAACAACCCAACUCGCCCCUCGGCACCAUCGUCUGCUCCCGAUCCACCCAAGCCCUCGGCCAAGCAGGAUGCUUAUCGCGCGAUGGUCAAAGACAUGCAAAAAAUAGCCGUCAAAGCCAGAGCUACAAGUGGCCAACUUGUCAAUGCGCCCGCUCCAAACCGGACGGGUGUGCCCUUUGGCCCAACAGAUGAAACUUUUGGUGGUGAUAGGAAGGACCGACCAUCUUCACAUCCCGCAGACGACUCUGAUUCUAAUCCGUUGGGGAUCGAUUUGAGCGAAGGUCCUAGGGAGUUUAUGACUCACCAACAGAGCGAGGAUGCUCUGCGUGAGCUGGUCGAAGGAAUGUACGAGGGUGACAUGGAUGGUGUUGAUGUUGAUGCUGUGAUGCCCGAGGGAUUGAGCUGCAAGCUCCUCCCACAUCAAGUUGUCGGUGUAAACUGGAUGAAAAGUAGGGAGGAAGGCAGAAAGAAAGGAGGUAUUCUGGCUGACGAUAUGGGAUUUGGAAAAACGGUCCAGUCAAUCGCGUUGAUAAGUGCCCACAAGCAAACAGAAAAAGGCGCGCCCAAAACAACACUUGUCGUAUGUCCCCUAGCUCUGAAGGACCAAUGGGUAGAUGAAGUCGAGCAAAAAUCGGAUUUGUCUGUGAUUCUAUAUCAUGGUUCCAAGCGUCAUCAAAUCGCACACAAGUUGCACAAGUAUCGGGUCGUCGUCACUACUUACGAUGUCGUCUCCUCUGAAUGGCAGAACCCCAAGAAAACGGCGCAGGCUGGCGAUGAGUCCAGCGAGGAUGAAGAUCAAUUGGGCGAUGGUCCAGGUGCGAAAAAAUCCAAGGCAACUCGUGCCAAGAAGACGAAACCCUGUCCACUUUUCACCAAGGAAGAUGGAUCCCCUAUGCGGUUUUGGAGGAUCAUUUUGGACGAAGCCCAUGUGAUAAAAAAUCGCAACGCUCAAAAGACCAAGGCAUGCUCCGAAUUAAGGGGCAACUACAAAUGGUGCUUGACAGGUACUCCUAUCCAGAACGGAGUUGAAGAUAUCUUUCCUUUGCUGCGUUUCAUCGGGCCUUCAGUAAAACCAUUCAAUGAGUACCCCGAGUUCCAGGAAAAAAUCUUGAAGCCAAUGAAAAGCAGCAAUGGGAAAGGAGCAAUUGUCAAGAUCCAAGCUCUCUUGAAAAUCAUCUUGCUUCGCAGGUCGAAAGACUCAAAAGACAAAGCCGGAAAUCCCAUACUGAAGCUUCCUGGUAAAGAACUCAUUCUAUUGCGGACUCCUUUCCGAACUAGUGAAGAAACUCAAUUCUAUCAAACCGUCACUGAACGGAUGACGGAGCGGAUGGCAAAGAUUUCGGCUAGUGGCAACAUGCAGCGAAGCUACAUCACAAUUCUUACAUUAGUUCUCCGCAUGCGGCAAGCAACUCUACACCCUGCGCUUGGCUCAGACAAAGCCGACGCUGAGAACUUGGAAGCCACAGAUGCCAAAAAUUCAGCACCCCAGGAAGAUCUGGAGGAUAAAGUAGACAGUCUGGCCGACAUGAUGGACAGUAUGGGUGUCAAACAGGACCAGCCGAAAUGUUUGAUCUGUUUGGAAAUCUUACCACCUGAAGUAGCCGACGCGGUUCACUGUACAGCAUGCGCUAGACAACUCCGACUUGCAAAAACCUUUGAAGGCAUGCAGAGCUCUACCAAAGUGUCACGAUUAUUGGAACUCUUGGAUGAAAUUAAAGCCGAGGAUACCAAAACACCCAAAAAGACAAUUGUGUUUUCACAGUUCACCUCGUUCUUGAACUUGAUUGAACCUUUUAUCAAGAAAGCUGGCUAUGGCUACACACGAUAUGAUGGAGCCAAGUCGCCCGAUGAAAAAACUCGCGCACUGGAGAAAAUUAAAUCAGACCCAAAGUGCACUGUUUUGUUGAUCUCCUUGAAAUGUGGAAGUGUUGGCUUGAACUUGACCUGCUGUUCAAGAGUUAUUCUCAUGGAUCCAUGGUGGAAUCCUUCAAUUGAGACUCAGGCAUUUGACCGAGCCCAUCGAUUUGGACAACGAGAUGAUGUGUAA